AUGGCUCACCCGGCAGUGAAGACCGACGGCGAGCGCGGCGCCGCGUACAAGCACAUCGAGUCGACAUAUCACUACGAUGAAAAGCCGACGUACACGACCACCAGCGGCUACCCCAUUGAUGACCCAAAGAAAUAUCAGCGCGUCGGCCAGGGCCCGCUGCUGCUGCAGGACUUCCACUUGAUCGACCUGCUGGCCAACUUUGACCGCGAGCGCAUCCCAGAGCGCGUGGUGCACGCCAAGGGCGCGGGCGCAUACGGCGAGUUCGAGCUCACGCACGACAUCAGCGACCUGACGACAAUUGACAUGCUCACGGGGCCGAUUGGCAAGAAGACGCCGCUGCUGACGCGGUUCUCGACGGUCGGCGGCGAGAAGGGUUCGGCCGACACGGCGCGCGACCCCCGCGGCUUCGCGACCAAGCUGUAUACGCAGGAGGGCAACUGGGACUGGGUGUUCAAUAACACGCCCGUGUUCUUUUUGCGGGACCCGACCAACUUCCCGACGUUUAUUCACACGCAGAAGCGGAACCCGCAGACGAACCUCAAGGACGCGACCAUGUUCUGGGACUACCUGUCGACGCACCAAGAGUCGGUGCACCAGGUGAUGACGCUGUUCUCGGACCGCGGCACGCCGGCGUCGUUCCGCAAGAUGCACGGCUACUCGGGACACACGUACAAGUUCACCAAGCCGGACGGGUCGUUUGUGUACGUGCAGAUCCACCUGCGGUCGGACCAGGGCGUCGCGACGUUUACAAACGAGGAGGCCGGCGAGAAGGACGGCGCCAACCCGGACUGGCUGACGCAGGACCUGUUUGAGGCGAUUGCGCGCGGCGACAACCCGUCGUGGACGACGUACCUGCAGGUCAUGACGCCCGAGCAGGCCGAGAAGUUCCGCUACAACGUGUUUGACCUCACCAAGGUGUGGCCGCAGGGCGAGUUCCCGCUGCGUCCGUUUGGCCGCAUGACGCUCAACCGCAACGUGCAAAACUACUUUGCCGAGAUCGAGCAGGCCGCGUUUGCGCCGUCGAACCUGGUGCCGGGCGUCGAGCCGUCGGCCGACCCGGUGCUGCAGAGCCGCCUCUUCUCGUACACGGACACGCACCGGCACCGCCUGGGCGGCAACUUCCACCAGAUCCCCGUCAACACGCCGCUCCGGUCGUUCAACCCGAUUGUGCGCGACGGGCAGAUGAAUGUCAACGGCAAUCUGGGCGCGAACCCCAACUACCAGAGCUCGUACCGGCCGGUGACGUACAAGGCCAGCGGCAAGGGCACGGUGUCGCACGAGAAGUGGACGGGCGAGGCGACGUGGGCGGUGUUUGGGGAUGUGACGGACUUGGAUUUUGAGCAGCCGGCCGCGUUGUGGAAGGUGCUCGGCAAGCAGCCCGGGCAGCAGGACAACUUUGUGCACAAUGUGGCGGGCCACCUGUCGGGCGCCAAGCAGGACACGCGCGAGCGCACGUACGGCAUGUUUGCGCGCGUGGACGCGGACCUUGGCAAGCGCAUCAAGGAGGCGACGGAGAAGGAGGUGUCCAAGUAG